CCGCAGGACCCCACGGGUUCUGGCGUAUCUUCCACCUCCUCUUCCUCCGACCUCGCGGAAUCGGACGAGCGCAACGACGAGGACGGCGACGACGACGAGGACGAUGACGGGACGACGCCCACGAGCCUCACCACCGGUAUCGCCACGGACCACACCAGCAACACGCACAAGCCGGACGAGGAUCAUUACGAGAGUGUCAUAAACGAUGAGGUCUGCACGCUCGACUACUUGGACGGUUACGAUACGCAACAGCGAUCCGCGACGGCCCAGAGAAGUGGUGCCCGAUACCAUCAGUCCGAGUUCGUCGAGACGACGCUGAUGAACGCCGAGCCGACGUGCGAGCUCGAGGAUUCCGGUGGUAGCGACAGCGCUAACAGCCUUGACGAUCUCUGUGGGCAUCGUCCCGCCACCGAGGACGACCUGUACGAUCGGCACGGGGCGACGAGCAACGCGCGGGACCACUACAUGGUGCCCACCCGGAGCCCGCGCGAGCUCAACGAGAAGAUCCUGUCGCUCUUCAACCCGCAGUUCCUGCCGAACUUCAACAAUAUGGUCACGUAUAUGGCCGCGCACAGUCCGCCGCCGCGGUCCCAGUCCGUCGCCCAGUAUAGCAGCGGGAACGACGAUUUUCUGCUCAGGGACAGGAACUAUCGUAAUAAACGCGACGGCACGAACUCGGUGUGCUUUCGGCGCGGACUGACUCACGAGGCGCCGCGGGAGUGACGGUAUCCUCGCACCAGCGGACGCGAAGCGAUUCGCUCCGUUUACGGUUUGAUUACGGGCAAUAUCUAGCAACGUGACUCUGUGCCCCUUGAGAAACUAGCAGUGCUGACAGUGAGAGAACACUCUAUAUACCCUCUGCAGCGUUACGAAGAAGAGCCGUGGAACUGACAUGGAUAUGGCGUUACGUGCAGCGAAACCCCCUCCCUCUUUUCCUCGUAGCCUCAUAACGGACACGUGGCUGAAAGUUACGUCGAAAAAAAAAAAGUAAUAAUAAUAAUAACGCGAUCGUGAUCACAUAAUGCGACGCUUAAAUACGUCGACGGCGAACAGUCUCGUGAUGAGCCCGGGAUCUACUUUUUUAUGGUACUUUCAAGCUUUGCCACUUUCAAGCUUUGCCAAGUAUUGUCCGUCGCGCAGUUCCACGCUCCGCAAACCGCCGUGGAAUCGGUCUGUAUAGGAUUCAAUUCGAAGUCUUUUUUUUCUUUAUUUGUCUCAAUGAUAAUAAUAGAGGAAGUCGAAUGUAAUGGAAAGCGACAACAACGACGACGACAACAAGAUUGAGAGCUGUAGUAAUGUAAUGUGAUACCAUUAUGAGGACUGUGUUCGUAGCAGUGGCCUGUUAGGUGCUUAGACUGAUGCAAGAUUAAACGAAAAAAAUAAAAAAAUACUUGUGUAGAGACAUUUUAAGCAUUCGCGCGAGAGACGAGGCGUGCCUUCCGUGUAUUAAUUGUUGGCAGAUCUUGAUCUAUAACAGGAAAACGGAGUGUUAAUAUGGCCGGUAUAGAUUCGGGCAAGUGCCUCAUUUAUGCGUUUUGUUUAAGAUAUCCAAUAGAACGGAGCGAAAUAUAGAAAGAAAGAAAAAGAGAAAAAAGGAAGAGAGAGAGAGAGAGAGAGAUCUAAGUAAGACUAAUUCGAAUAUCGUUGUGCACUUAUUGCCGUGCUGUGAGUACUGGUAAUGACGAAGGAAUAUGGACGAGAGCAAGUUUAUCAAUAACUCAGCUCUCGCGGGCAUAUAGCUGCAACAGUAUAGUUUCUUCGAGGAGAAUAUGCAUAUUAUAAAAUCUAUAAUAGUGCAAAAAUUAUUGUUAUGUAAAAAUGCGGCAAAAAAGUAUUAGAAGAAAAAUAACGUAUAUGAUCAUUUACGAUAUACUAUGAUAGCAGAUUCGUGCAAGAUUUGUAAAAAUUUUCUCAGCAGUCUUUGGGAAUUCACGAAGCGUCAUGCUAAAUAUUUGUAGUUUUAAAUUUUAAGUGGAAUUAAUUAAAUUAUUUACAUUUACUCUAUUUACUAUUUUUAAUACUUAUAUUUACAAUUUUUAUUAUAUUAUCUUUCCUUUUUUCCAAUUUAUUAUAUUUUUUUUUAAAUAUAUAUAAAUCGAUUUUAUAUUUUACGUUGAUGCAAUAUUAAUUAUGUGACAUCUUUAUAAAAUGUCCGAUUGUCCGAUUGACAUCUUUAUAAAAUGUCCGAAAUUGUUUGAGAAAAAUUGCACUGAUCUUGUGUAUAAUACACUGCCAUGUACAAUUAAUUUUUAGUUAGCUGAACACGUUAUUAAGUGUAGCUAGCGUUUAAUUUGUAACUAUUUUAAAUUCUCCUUUUUUCUACAUCCCGUUAGCGCAGUAACGCGGUCCUCGAAGAAACUCUGACGGAAGGAACCGGAAUGUAUGCAAGAUUAGAUAACGGCGUAAACUGGUUCUACUAGCGUUACAAUAACGAUUGCGAUACGACUACACGUGCGUAUUUACUUGACAGCUCAAUCGCGGACAGAGUGCCUCUAACGAUGAGCGUCUUGAGAAAUUUUUUGAAUAUCAAAAACGGCAGAAAAUACACUUUUGACAUGCGAAAUUGUAAAGUGAUAAAUGGAUGAACUUUAACUACUCGCAACGCCCGAUCCAUCUACAUUCUACAUGCCGAUAUAAUUUUUUCUUGAGUAAUUAAUACAAAUAUGUAUAAUAAUUUAUAUAUACUAUAUGAUAGUUAAUUCUUGUAUUAAUUUAUAUUGAUGUCUAGAACAUAAUUCAUUGAUUCGAAGAACAUUUUAACGAACAUUUUUAAAUUACGUUUAAGAUGCAUCUGAAAAUAAGUAGUACAAUUCCGCGUGUGUUUGAAAAGUAUUUUCCGCCGUUUCACGCGUUACUUUCUCAUCGCUCGUUAACCAACACUGCCGCGCAAAUUCUAACACGCCUCGAGCGAACAGUACAGUAGACACCUUACUUACGAUUUUCACCGAUUGUCUCAUUGAACGUUGGACGUUUUAAAAGAUCAGGGUAAAAACGAAACGUUGUUCAAGUGCUUUCGCGUUCGACGAUAGGGCUCGAUGUAGAUAGCCGCAUGUAACGGUAACUGCGUGCUGUUUAAGCAAGAAGAAAGAAGUCGUGUAAAUACAUAGAACAUGUUUUUUAUCGUUGAGAUCAUUUUAAACGAGAUCAAGAUUUCAUUCGUUAUGCUACUCGUCACGCGGGCAGCAGUGAUACAUUGAUAUUAUACAUAUAUUGCAUUUUCAUUGCUGCGCAUAUACAUAUAUAUAUAUAUACAUACGUACAUAUACAUAUAUAUGUGUGUAUGUGUGUAUAUAUACACACAAGACAUUAAAAAUUUGAACCGGAAGCUUUGGGAACAUAAACGAUGUUGAGAAACAUUUUUUACUAAUAAUUAUUAAUAAAAUUAUUUGAUAAAAUUUUACACUUUAUGAUUAUUAAAUAAUUUUAUUAAAUAAUUCAAGUAGUAAAAUUAUUUAAUUGUGUUGGUAAAAUUAAUUUACUAAUUAUUACUAGUUAUUAAUAAAAUUAUUUCACUAAGUAGUAACGAUUUGUUAAUUAAUAUUUUUUUUGAUAAAAAUAUUGUUAACAAAAAACAUUUCUCCUGAGAUCGUUUAUAUUCCGCCAGUUUGUCAGUCUAACUUUUUAAUAUCUUGUGUAUAUAUACCCACACAUACACACACGCGUGCACAUAUAUUUAUGUGCAUUUCUGCAACACAUAUUCGUUUCUAAUUUGCGCAGACUAUACGUGCUAUAGUCUAAUACUUGGGGGGAAAAACGAGAUGUGUUAAAUAAGAGAGGCAGCUAAUUAGAUUUAUGCGCUGACUUUGUAAAAGUCUAUCUUUCCGUAAAUAAAUUUUUGCCAUGCCCCGUUCAUCGCGCGUUCGAUCGAUCCCGGAUGGCAAAGCCUUUUACAAAAUGUAACGAUGUUGUGUAAUAGAAACAUCCGAACUAGGUACCUUAACACACGAAAUAUAUGACAGUAGAAAAGAAUUGUUAUACAUUAAUAUUUCUAAAUUUGAAAAGAACUGGGGAAGGGCGUAUAAAUUUACAUAUGUAUACAAAUGUACUGUUAGAAUACCAUUUGCAUAUAAGAACAAUGUACAUAAACAAUGCUCUGUUUAAAACUGAUUUUAUCGUGCUUUUAAAGCUAGCCCUGUGUCAUAAGAGUGAAGAGCGAAAUAAAUUUCCAAUAGACUAGAAGCAUUUAAGAAGGCUUCUCGUACUUGCGUUAGCCAUCUUUUUAUAAUAUAAAGCGCAAGAGAAACUACAAGUAGAUUCAUAUUAACAUCAAGUCAUAAUUUAUAAUGGAAUUGAACACAUCGAUAAAUUACACAAAAAAAAACAUACAUGAUCAAGUGAUUUUUUAACAUGUUUACUAUCAGCGUCAGAUAUGACCAUAAUUUACGUGAUAAGCCAUAAAUUUUACUUUCCACUAAAAUAAAUAAAGUUUACCUCGUUACUAUCAAAUAACAUGUGAAAAAUUGUGCUGCGUAAGUAAUGUACGUGAUCUGAAAUUUUAAUUAUAUCUGCACUUCCGCAAGAAGAGUGACACAAGUCAAAAACAUAAAAUUGUUUAGGAAAGGAAAGUGAAAACUUUCCUACUUUAAUUUAUAUCGUUUUUUUAUUAUUUUUUUUUAAAUUGUUUACUUUUUCUAAUUAAAGGUCGAUGUAUUUAGAACACGUUAUACGAAAUUAGAAGAAUUUCUUGCGGAAGUACGAUAUGACAAACUACAAUUUAUGUGAUAAACCAUAAGUUUUAUUUUUUAUUAAAACAAAUAAAAUUUACCUUGUUAUUAUCAAACAAUGUAUAAAAAAAAAUUAUAUUGCGUAAAUAACAUGCGUGAUUUGAGAUUUUAAUUAUUCAAUUAGAUUUAACUAUAUAAUUAAAAAAUUAUAUAUAUAAUUAGAUUUAAUUAUAUCGAACAUUUAUUGUUUGGAUGCAAUUUAAGUCUAAGUACUCAAGAAUUUUUCGAAUCCAGCACAAUAGCGUGUUAAUCAUUUCAGAAUAUUAAGAUAAGAAUAAAAAAGAUAGAGUUUUUUUUAAAUAUCAGUACUGACGAUGAGAUGUGUGAAUCUCGAAUAGAGCAAUAGCCUGUGAGAUUGUAUUUUAAUUGUCGAUUUUGUAUCUCUACUAUGUCUUAUCGGUUUGUUAAGCGGGUCACAAACGCUCAAUGCUUCGCAUAAAAGAUUAAUUCGAUAAAAAUUUUCAACACAUACAACACACGACUGCAAAAGUUUCCUAUAAUAUAUUUAUAUUUUUAAAUAUCGGAAAGUUUCGUCUCCGAUACUUAAAAUAUAGAUUUCGAAUAAUUUGUAAAAAGCAAUGAACUUUUCAAUGUAUACGAGACUACUCCAUUUAUAACAAAACCAUCAUAAUUUAAAGAAUUCGGCUUUCGUUAAUACACGGUACAGUAUGAAAACUGUUAAAAUAUCGCAACAACUGCUUCAUGUAACUGCCAAGGAAAAUAUGUGUUUCCGGAAGCAACGUGUUUGGACCAGCGGAAACCAAGUCGAGUCAAUAUACACAAUUUUCAUCAGCUAGAAGAUUUAAAACAAAGAGGCGAUAUACAUACAUACAUCUAGCUUGCGCAAAUGCGAGAGAGCGAUCUUGUUGUUAGUGAAUACGAUAUAAAAUCGGGCGGCUUAUAAUUUUAGACUAUUAUUUGGUAUAUAUUGCGGUAUAUAUAGGAGAGAGAAAGGUGAACAAUGCGACGAACAUGACGAUAUGAGGCACGAACGAAGACGUGGUAUAAUUACGUGACGCGGUAGCCGUAGACUGUAUCGCUCGCAUUAAUUAGAUAAUAUAAUCGCAACAUUCCAUUAAGGCCGGGACUGCCAACCGUUUAAGAAAUACUGACCUGGCAGUGGGCGGCGCUGCGAGGAAAGCCGAUGAUACAUGUAGAUAAUUAAUGUCUCUUUUUAUUCAUACCUGGAAUAAAAAUAAAAACGAUUAAAGCUUAAAUUAUUUGUUGUAUAUCGUGUCAAAUUGUUAUUUCUAACAGAUCGGGAAUCGUCACGUCUCGAAGUAAUAUAUGAAGGACGCAUAUUUAUUCAAUCGAACGUACUUUGUAUUUUUUUUUAUUAUCUAAAUAUUCAGAAAGUAAUUUUACCGAAUUAUUUGAAUAAUAAUUCAUACGCAAAAAACUUGUGAACUUUUAAUUUGGUUUAAUUUCAAGCUAAUCUUAUUUCGGUGGAGAAAACUUUUUUAUUUAACUUAUUUAUUCCUUAUUUGCUAAAACUAUAGAAUUUUAUCGAAUUUUUUUUUGUUUUAUAACAUUUUUACACUGUUUGUGUAGAUGACGAAAGAAAUUCAAACGGAAUAAAGUUAACGUGAGAAAAAUCUCAAUGUACAAUUACUAAGUGUUCAUCAUUGAACGAGAUCAGACGCGUAUUUUUCUUAAUUGGCAUGCGGCGGUUGCAAAGAGCACAACGAAAGCAAGUUCAAAAAACCUAAAUACGGUUAAUCUUAAAAUAUUAAUUAAUCGUAAAAUGAUUGCUGCUGAGCGCUGGAUGGCAGUCCGGGCACACAUCUUUGCUGUGCCAACGCGCGACUCUUUUAUGUAUAUAAUAUCGUAAUUCUAAUUAAUCCCCCUAGAUAAAAUAGCUGAAAGCGUGCUACGUCAAACGGAGGUGAUAUAUAACAUUCACCUUCGUCGCUGAUCCGAAAUAACAUUUAUUUAUCAUCAAUUAAAGAAAAAGUUUCGGAUAAACGUUAUUCAGUUUCAGGAAGCACACACGCGUUAAUGUACACCCUGUGUUUCUUUUUUAAACAUCUGACGAACGAUAUUCCAAGAGCAAUAUCACUUAUUUUUAAAUUACCUGUCUCAUCUAAUUAAGAAAAGUCACGUAAAAGUAAUCUAAAAUUGUAUAGUAUAGUAAUCAUUUUGAAACAACGAGCAUAAGCAUUUCUAGAAAAUGAUGAUAGUUCAAUAUCCUUCUCUCUUUUUUUCAUUUUUUAAUCCUAAAUAUUAAAUAUCUUGUUAUUCAAGUCUCUUAUAUUAAAAAUUUGCGAAUGUAUAUAAAUUUAUAUUUUAUCGAUUUAUGAGUUUAAUACUCAUGAUUAUUACGCAAUUCAUAUCCUAUGAGCGAGAUGAUUAUUUGUAUUAACAUUUAUAUUUCACGUUGUAUUUUAUUAACAUAUAUUUGUACGCAGAACAAGAAAACUAAGAAAGUACAAUGAGGUUCGUACUAUCUGACAAUGAGAGAAAAAUCGAAACUUUUAUAUACAUCAAAUAAUAAAUAUAAUCGUGACAAUGACAGAACUGUACAGUAAAUAAAACAAAUAUUAAUAUAUCCCAUUAUUCUCUUCUGGAGAAUAAUUUUACAGAGAAAAGAAAAAAAUACUACAAUGUUUUUCUACCUAGAGAAUAUAUCGUUUUCAUUUGUAUUAUAGAAUAAAGCACUCUUUGUAGUGACACCUUCUUUUUAUAUAAAAGUCUCUAAUAAAAAAUCGAAAAUGCAAAUAUCGUUUAAUUUACUGUACAUGACGUUAAAAAGAUAUCAGUGAAAGUAGUCUUGUAAAUAUAUUUUAAAUUUAAUUGACUUCAGUUCGAUAAGACAGACAAAAUUUUUUAAUUUAUUGGUUAAUUUCCUAAUUUAAAUCUAAUUAUCACUUCUAAUUUUUUUUAAGAGCUCCUAUGUUAUCGAAUUACUAUACUCAAGUUAAAAAAUGUUUUAUACUUGAUAUUUUAUUUUGUAACUUAUAUUUCAAAGUGUUCAAAACAUUUCUUUAUUUCAUAAAAACAUAUUCCAGAAAUUCAAAUGUUACAACAAACACAAUUAUCUAGCUUAAAAGACAUGAUAUGUUGAAGUUAUUUUCCAGUUUCCCCUUUAUUGGUAAGCGGGUAAUAAUAAUUUUGAAUACAUGGUGAUAUAAGACAAUAUUCUCGAGAAAAAAGUUGUUAUCCCUCGAAAACCAUUUCCUGAAUGCCCCUUCUGAUUAAAUAAUUUUUAUCUGAAAUAUUAAUUGAUGAUAUGUGAAGACACUAUCUGCGAACGUCUCGAAGAUGAGGCACAGAAGCGAGUCAUUUAACAAUGGAUAAUUUUAUGGCCGAUUGAAAAAUUUUGUAGAUAUACAUUAUAAUUCCUCUUCACACCUACACACACACAUACACAUCUUCCUAAGGUUAAUAACGCGUUAAUAUAAUUGUAUGUAAUUUCUACAUAUAUAAAUCGUCAUAAUUACACGGCACCAUCAUACAACGUAUAGUAUAUCAAGUUUGUCACUAUACGCAAGAUAAUGACACAUUUAACAUUGUACCUAUCCCUCCCCCCAAAUUGCGUGCGUAGUACGCAAAUUAAUAGCGCAACUUGCGUACUACGCAUAUCUAAUAUGCUAGUAUAUACUUUGUACAAUAAUACUCGUCUUUUGAGAGAACAAUUAUAAUUAAAGAGAGCUUCGUUUCAACGUAAUUAAAAAGGUCAACGUUAUUUUAGCGAUUACUCCGACAUCUUUCACGAAUGAGAUUAUCUUUAUUUUCCUCAUUAUAUAGUAAGUCUAUUCAAUCUUCCCUUUCCACGUUUCCUUCCUUUUUUUACGGAUUUGUAUUUUCUAAUGCGCCGAUCGCGCGCGCGCGCGCGCGGACCUACCAGCGAAUCGGAGCGAAUUGAAAGCUCCGCUUAUUGUAAGUUUCGAAAGACUUGUACAAUAUGAAUAAUCGAUAAUAAAUCAAUAAUAGAAGCUUCGUGGUCCAAAAUCAAAA